UGUUUGUAACCUUGACCGCACAGACAAUCUAACAUAUAUAAUCCCUUGUAUUAUACUAACUAAUGGAGAUGAGAUGUAUUUCAUUCAUUAAAUUAAUAACGACUUGGAUGUGCAGAUACAAUGAUUGGGGGAUACAAAAGCAGCCAGCUUGGACCGAGUCUAAACACAGAAGUUGCAUUUGUAACAACAACCCUGAGAGUCAAAGCGUCUCCACGACGCGUUUCUCACACUCCACCACCACUUCCUCCUCUCUUCACGUCUCUCCUUUCCUCGUAACUCUUCACUUCGCUUUUCCUUUUCCACAAAACACCUAUAUAUACCUCAAAAUCUGCACAUGUCAAAAUUAGAAACAAAUAAUAAAUCUAAAGUCGAAGAAGAGACUUUGAAUCGAUAACGAUGAUCACUCCUUCAGUGGUGGUUCGUGACGUUUGGGCGGAUAAUCUAGAAUCCGAGUUCGAGCUCAUCAGCGGAAUCGUCGAAGACUUCCCGUUCAUCUCCAUGGACACGGAGUUUCCCGGCGUGAUUUACAAGGCGGAUCUCCGCCGUCUAAACCCCGGUUACCUCUACAAGCUUCUCAAAUCCAACGUCGACGCUCUCAGCCUCAUCCAGGUCGGUCUCACUCUCUCCGACGCCGACGGAAACCUCCCCGAUCUCGGCGGCGGCGGCGGAGGGAGCCGAUUCAUCUGGGAGUUCAACUUCCGCGACUUCGACGUCGACCGCGACCCCCACGCGCCGGACUCGAUCGAGCUCCUCCGCCGCCACGGGAUCGAUUUCGACCGCAACCGCAGCGACGGCGUCGAGGCGAAGAGGUUCGCGGAGCUGAUGGUGUCGUCGGGGCUGAUCUGCAACGAGUCGGUGAGCUGGGUGACGUUUCACAGCGCGUACGAUUUCGGUUACCUCGUGAAGAUCCUCACGCGCCGGGAGCUUCCGGGGUCGUUGGGGGAGUUUCUACGGCUGCUCAGGGCGUUUUUUGGGGAGAGAGUGUACGACGUGAAGCAUAUGAUGAGGUUCUGCGAGCGGAGGUUGUUUGGCGGUUUGGACCGGGUGGCUAGAUCGCUUGAGGUAAACCGGGAGGUUGGGAAAUGUCAUCAGGCCGGUUCGGAUAGCUUGCUGACGUGGCAGGCGUUUCGUAGGAUGAGGGAUUUGUAUUUUGUGAAGGAUGGGCCGGAGAAGCAUGCCGGGGUUUUGUACGGUUUAGAGGUUUUUUAAAGAAAAAAAAAUUCGGCUUGGGGAUUUAAUUAUACAGUAGAAAAUGAAAAUUCUUUUUAUUCAUCCUCGUUUCUUCAGAGUCAGCAACAUAUAUGAAAUUAUGAAUCAUCACAACAGAAAAUAAAUUGACCAGAAACUUUUUUUUUGUAACACCGACCAGAAACUUAAACCAUAAUAUAUACGAUAUUCGAGUUUCUA